UUUUGAAGACAAACUUUUGUAUACAGCAUGAAUGAUUUAACGCCGCGCCUCUGUAGGAAAUGAAAUUGAGGCAAUCUACCUCACAGUUGGCGCAUACUACUACUGAGUUCCAACAGUAUAAGCAGCGGGCAAACACGCUUUUGCAGCAAAUGAGUCCGGAUGACAACGAAGAUACAUCAAGAACAGCAAUGCUGGAAAGCGAACUUAGUCAACUUAAGCUUGAGAGAACCGAGCUUGUGAAUGUUUCAUCCACGUCCGCCAAACGAAUCAAAGUCUUGGAACAGGAUUUGCGGCAAACCUUGGAGACGGUAGAGCAGUUGCAAAAGGAAAAAAAGAAUGCUGGUAAACUUGAAAAACAAUGUGAUCAGCUUCGUAGAGAGCUUUCGGAAUUGCGUCAAGCAAAAAUUGAUGAGAAGACUCGUUUUGAAAAAGAAUUGGAGGAUCUACAGGCUCAGUGUGUAAACCUGCAAGCUGUCAAAUCCGAACCCGAUCAUAUUCCAGAACAUGCCAAUGACAUUGAUGGAGAAAAGAAGGAAGAAAGUGAUCAAUUGAAGGCUACCAUCACAAACCUAAACGACGAAAUAACGUGUUUAAAGGCAGAAGUGAAGAGUCUUGAGGGUGCACUUAAAGAAAUACAGAAGGCACCAGUGUUCGAAAGUCAAGACAGUAUUGAGAUGGACCCUAACACAACUGACCAACGCUCGGUCGGACCCCUUAGCCCGAAUCCAACUCACACAUCAUCACCUACCACAGGAAGUGUUUAUGCCUCCUUGUCGAAUUUGUUAUCGCCAACACAGCUGUUUGGAGGUAGCGAAACAUCAGGAGGCGUGUCCCCUGCAGGAGAACAAAUCCCAAGCAACAAUAGCUCUCUAAUGAAAGAAAAGGAAUACCAGCAACAGUUGAAGUACCUUGCUGAAAUGUUGAAUGACAGUGAAAAUGUUGUUAUGACAUUACGUGCUCAAGAGAAGGUAUGUGUGAUUCUGGAUUUUUCUUCACUGUACCAUUUGAAGUUAAUACCUAGAAUAUUUUGUCAGACACUAAAAGAGGAAAUAAGGUAAAACAUAACAUGAUGUGUGUAUCGAGUUUUGAGAAGGUUCUAAAAUGACCGUAGAAAAAUGGAUGCGUUCGACCGCCGACAAAACCUCAACAUCGAAUACCUCAAGAACGUGUUUUUCAAGUAUCUGAAAAGCGAAAACAAACAGGUGAAGCAUAAAUACCGUG